CUUAGUAUAUAGUUGUUUGCGGAUCUCAGCAUCGCCGAUAAAAACACAAUGUUAGGCAUUGGAAUAAUAAUGUUAUUAUUUUGUUAGUUAUUGUUGUUCUGGUUGUGAGUUUUAAUCUUAUGAAAUUCGAACAAGGCAAGCAAGGAAAUAAGAGAUUUUGAAAUUAAUAUUUGGUGCUGCUGAUAUAAUUAUGUUGAAUGAAUUGAUAACAUGGGUGCUUAACACCUAUCUUGGAAAAUAUCUGGAGAACUUCAAUCCCGCGCAGCUUUCAAUUGCUUUAGUUUCUGGCGAGGUGGAACUAGAAAAUGUCCCUAUACGAAGAGAUGCGUUGAGGUCAUUUGGGAUACCAGUUGAAGCUCUUUCCGGAAGUAUCGGCAGGAUAAAGUUACAAAUACCUGUCAGACAAUUUCGUACGUCACCAUGGAGUAUUGUGAUUGAACGUGUUUAUGGCGUUUUUGGUCCAAAAAAUCUCGACGAAUGGGACAAUGACAAAGAAAUGGAAGCCGAAUAUGCUUAUAAAGUACGAGUUCUUGAUGCCAAAGAAGCAAACUGGAGGGUAGAGAAUGGAUGCAAAACAGAAAGUUACUAUUCUUUAUCAUAUUCAAAUUGGAUUAAUUAUGGUACAUCUAUAGCAACUAACAUACUUGAGAAUUUGGAACUUACGAUAAAAGACGUACAUCUUCGGUACGAAGACCCUCUAACUAUGCCAGACUUGCAACACGCUGCCGGAAUAAGGAUUAACUCAAUUUCAGCUCAAAGUUGUGAUUGCAAUUGGGUGCCUAGUUCGAAAAAUUCAGACAAGCAAAAAGUAUCUUUUAAAAUAUUGGAAUUAAAUGAUUUUCGUUUAUAUUGGGAUAAACUACAUUUAAAAAAUGUCUGCGGAAGCGUAAAUUCAAAGGAGCUCUUGGAAAAAAUGAACGAGCUUUGCAAUUUUGACCAUCAUAAUUUUCUAACCAAUUCAAUCAACGCAACACUGAAAUUUAAAAGAGAACGGUGCAAGCAACCUCUUAGAAGCAAAACAAGACCACGGGUUUCAUGUGAUGUUUUAUUUCAUCAAGUUAAUCUUUCGUUAAGCGAUAUUCAAUACACUGAAAUCGUUAGAUGCUUGAAUGAACUCCAAAAUAUAACCCAAAAAAGGGAAUUCAAGAUAUUACGACCUUUGACUCCAAUUUCGGUCGACCCAAAGUUAUGGUGGAAAUAUGCCGCAAUGUGCCAUGGUUAUACUAUAUGUUCUUCAUAUGAAAAAAUUGAAUUAGCAAGAGAAAAUAUUAAAUAUAUGUUGAUUUAUAAACGUCUGCUCAUAAAUCCGUCGGAAAAUCUUGCAAAGGAAGAGAGACACUUCAAAAUCAAUAUAGAAAAAAGAAGAAGUCUCGAUAACUUAAAGCUACUUCGAAAAGUAUGUUGCGAUUACGUAUGUUCCAAGGGUAUGAACACUCGUCAACGCACUAUUGUACAAGGGAGAAAUAUUCUAUAUCAUUGGUUUCCGAACUGGCUUGGAUGGUACGGAGUUUCAGAUAACACAAUUGGCGAGGAUGCAGCCGUAGUAAACGACGAUACGUAUAAACACAUAGAAAAUGAUAUAUUGUGUGCACUAAAGGAAUCUAUUGAGAAUGAAGCAUUCUCUAAGCGAGACGUGAUAUUCGGAAACUUUACUUUUACAUUAUCUGAUGUUAAAAUUGCAUUAAAGACUGUGAAGUUUCAAAGAGAGUUGACUAUGUUGGAUAUGGAAUUAACAAACUUAUUCUGUUUCAUUGAAAUUAAACCGAAACUUACAUCGUAUCGAGUGGGAUUAUCACUUGGGUCAGUCCAUUUAAAUGAUAAAUUAACACAUUCUACAGAAUUCCCUUAUCUAAUUAAGCCACAAAACCAAGGAACAACAAACCCAAAAUCAUUUUAUACUGAGUUUCUAAGUUUCUUCUCAAAGCGGGAUGCAACACAUGCCAGCGAAGAACCUUGGUUUCAGUUGCAGUAUGAAAGAAAUCCGCCGGAACACCAUUCAGAUUAUCGCCUUAUCAUAAAGUCUAAGAGUUUGGACAUCGUAUAUAACGAAAUUGCGUUAAAGUGGUUAGUUACUUUUUUGAUCCAGCCUAUAAAAGAUAUAAAAAAUAUAAAAACUGUAACGCUGGCUACAAAAGAAAAGGAAAUAUCCCGCCUGAAAUUUUUUAGACAUUGGAAAAGUGUUUUAGUUGGUCAAAAGGAUAACAGAAAAAAAUGGUCCUUUGAGAUUGAUAUUUCAGCUCCAAGAAUUAUAUGCGUCGAAAACUUUAAAGACAAAAAUACUUCAGUAGUAAUAAUAGAUUUCGGGCGUUUUCACCUGUUUAAAAAUGAACGCUCCCCUGUGGACUUUCAGGUUGCUAAUGUAGACAUAAGUGAAGUCGAUAGCGAUGAAGAGCUUUUUAUGACACCUUGUUCCACACCUCCGGGUUCUAAAACCAGCCUUUCAGAUAUCCCAGUUCUAAAUCCAACUACUGGGGAUGACCACUUGUUUUCAAGAUUUGUCAUUAACAAUGAUACAGGACUGGAAAGUGAUGCACAUAACGAAAUUUAUGACAAAUAUAUUAUUAAUUUAACUGAUUUGCAAAUACUUGUAUGUAAAAAUCGAGAAUGUGUUUUUGCAUGUGCUAAAAGUUCUUCAUGUUAUCAUUUAUUAGACAAGUUUAAUAUAAAUCUCCAUUUAGAACGGAGAAUUGUAAUCACAACAGAUCCUGAAUACCCGUCCUUUACGUUGUUUGGAAACCUUAAUAGAAUCGUAGCUCAUAUAAAUGAACAAAAGAUAUCUGAGUGUUUAAAAAUACUAAAUCCAAUUACUUUCGACUUAUUUAAUUCGGUGGAAAAUUCAAAGUUGGAUGAAAAAAACAUUGAGAGUGAUUUCGAAGCUAUACACAGUGGCAACACGACGAUUAUCCAAUUUAUUAUAGACCAAAUUAUAUUAGAAAUUCAAUCAAGAGAGAAAAGCAUAGCUGAAAUACAAGUAAUUGGGGCUAAAGCUGGGGUUACGCGAAAAUCAGAUGCAGUAAAUAUAAGCAUGUCUGUGCACGGAUUUCUUCUUGUAGACGCAAUUCAGUCGUUUGGGCCGGACUUUGAGCUUCUUAUUGCUAGCCACAGGCAUGUAGAAAUGGACAGCAAAUCGGGAAGUAUUAGACAGAGUGAACCUUGCUCUCCCACUUCCCCUGGCUCACCUGAUCCGAAUGGUCAUCAACGUUGUGCUAGUCCCAAUAUAAUAAACAGGGCAUUAAACGAUUUGCAAACUGGAUUGGAUUCAAAAUUCGACGAGGAAAAUGCUUUAAUAACCGUAGAUUUAAGUUUCAUUCAUUCUUCAGAAGAACUGGAUUCUAUGCAGAUUGCAAAUAUAACGUUUAAUAAUUUAGAUGUCAUUGCCAACCAAGAAACUAUUGUCGAAAUAUUGGGAUUCGUAAAGAGAAUUGUAGAUAACUACAGACUGGUUAGAAAUGUAUCUACUAAGAACAAUCAACCGAGUGAUAUUGCACAACCUACAGAUCCAGGGCUGAUUUGUAAAAUGAAGUCCGAGAUUAGUUUCGACUUCCACCGUUUGAAUAUACUUGUAUUCAGAAGUACUCGCUUGGAUAGCCUUAACAUUGGGAGAAAAGUCGGAACUUUAACAAUGAGUGAGGCUAAAAUUCAUGCCUCGAUUGGAAAUGAAUUUUCCGUCUCCGGUGCUUUGGGUGGAAUACAAAUUGUGGACAUUACGCCAGAGGGAUUUAACCAUCAACGAAUAUUUUCGGUUGGCAAGGAUCCUUUAACGGACCCUCCUUCUCUAUACACAAAUGAUAUCUUGUUUACAUUAACGAAUGAGAUGUAUGGCAAUGAUAUUGACGAUGAUAAUUCAUACCUAAAUGCCCUCAGCUUUAAGAUAACUCAUUCGAAAUCAUCGCAGAUCGUAGCAAAAAUUCGAAUGGCUUCGGUAUGGUACACUCAUUGCCCAAGAUUUAUUGAAGAGAUUUAUUUAUGCGUAAAAGAAUUCAAGCAAUACUUUAAAAAUUUUGUAAAAUCAAUACGGAACAAGGCUAGCAACAUGGCAAAGGGUUUGGCCCAUCAUAUUGGAUCAAGAAACGUUGAGAACAGUUUUAGUAAAUUUGGUGAAAUUUCUCUCGAUAUUAUACUCAGUACUCCUGUAUUGGUUUUGCCUAGAUCCUGUCAGAGCAAUGAAGUUUUGGUGGCAAAUUUAGGAAAAUUUACCGUAUGCAAUAAACAAGAAAAUUAUGUUCAAACAAAUCCCACAGAACACUCCAAAAGGAUAACAUAUUUCAUCGACGUGAGAAAUAUUAAUUUAUUUUCUUUGAACACCCAGAAAAGAAAAAAGAGCGCAUUGCCAAAAGCAAAUGAAAUAUAUUCAUGUCAAGAAGAUGCAGUACCAAUCCUUCAUAAUACAGCCCUACUGUUUCAAUUUGUGUAUGAAUCUAAGUCUCUCUUACCACAGAAUUCCAUAGAAGAUACGAUUUUGGUAGACGGAAGUGUUACCCAAAAUUUGCACGUUUCCUUGUCAAAGUACCAAUACGAACAGCUGAUUGAAUCAUUGAAUUACGCUACAAAUAUUGUACUGGCAGAAGGGUUCUUUACGUCGAAUGAAGACGAAAGAUAUCUCGAAAUAAAUCUUCUUCCUCAAAGGAGUUAUUGGUAACAAUUCGAUCGUUAAACUUGAUUUUGGUAAGGAAUGAGUCUGAACUGGCUAAGGCGAAUGUUUCUAACGUUAAACUUCAUAUCAACCGAGAUUUGUAUAUGCAAUCUAUAGAUGGACGGUUGGGAUCAAUAUCCA